AUGGGUUGUUGUCAAUCCCUUUGUCCGGAUGAAGAUGGAGCUCAGCCGCCGCCACAACCGGCUCAAACCCACCGCGGCGGCGCUACGACGGCUGCUGGACUCGAUAACGGCGGAGCUGGAGGAGGGAUCCCGCCUUUCUCUGAGUUCUCUUUCUCCGACCUCAAAGCAGCCACGAACAACUUCAGCUCAGACAACAUCGUAUCAGAAAGCGGGGAGAAAGCCCCAAAUGUUGUCUACAAAGGCAGGCUUCAGAACCGUCGUUGGAUCGCCGUCAAGAAGUUUACUAAGAUGGCUUGGCCUCAUCCUAAACAGUUCGCGGAAGAAGCAUGGGGGGUGGGGAAGCUGAGGCAUAAUCGGUUGGCGAAUUUGAUUGGUUAUUGUUGUGAUGGAGAUGAGAGGCUUCUUGUUGCUGAGUUCAUGCCUAAUGAUACUCUCGCUAAGCAUUUGUUCCAUUGGGAGAAUCAGACUAUUGAAUGGGCUAUGCGGUUGAGAGUAGGAUAUCACAUUGCUGAAGCUUUGGAUUAUUGUAGUAGUGAGGGCCGUCCAUUGUACCAUGAUUUAAAUGCUUACAGGGUUCUCUUUGAUGAGGAUGGUGAUCCUCGUCUCUCGUGUUUUGGCUUGAUGAAGAACAGCCGGGAUGGUAAAAGUUAUAGCACAAAUCUAGCAUAUACACCACCUGAGUAUCUAAGAAAUGGAAGAGUGACACCUGAAAGUGUUACUUACAGCUUUGGGACUGUGCUUCUUGAUUUACUUAGCGGGAAACACAUCCCUCCAAGCCAUGCUCUGGAUAUGAUACGUGGAAAGAAUAUCAUCCAGUUGAUGGAUUCACACCUUGAGGGAAAGUUCUCAACAGAAGAAGCUACAGUAGUUGUCGAACUCGCCUCUCAGUGUUUGCAAUAUGAGCCUCGAGAGAGACCUAACACAAAAGAUCUCGUCGCCACACUUGCACCUUUGCAAACUAAACCAGACGUUCCUUCUUGUAUAAUGCUUGGAAUAAAGAAGCAAGAAGAGGCACCUUCAACGCCACAGAGGCCACUUUCACCAUUAGGUGAAGCUUGCUCGAGAAUGGAUCUCACAGCUAUUCACCAGAUCUUGGUCAUGACUCAUUAUAGAGACGACGAAGGGACCAAUGAGUUAUCUUUCCAAGAAUGGACACAGCAGAUGAAAGACAUGCUUGACGCACGGAAACGUGGGGAUCAAGCUUUCCGCGAUAAAGAUUUCAAAUCCGCCAUAGACUGCUACUCACAGUUCAUAGACGUUGGAACAAUGGUGUCACCAACUGUGUUUGGUCGGAGAAGUCUAUGCUACUUGCUAUGCGAUCAACCAGACGCAGCACUACGCGACGCCAUGCAAGCGCAAUGCGUUUAUCCUGACUGGCCAACGGCUUUCUACAUGCAGUCUGUGGCAUUAGCGAAGCUGAACAUGAACACUGACGCAGCUGAUAUGUUGAACGAAGCAGCUCAGCUUGAAGAGAAGAGACAACGAGGCGGCAAAGGAUCUUGA